CAAUACAUCACUUGCAGACUGCAGUCGUCUGUAUUUAUUACGCAUACAAGUAAAUAAUAUGCGAAUCACAAAGCCGCUGCGAAAUAGUAGCAAGCUAUUAACUAUGUAAUAAACGAUUUGUUAUAGUCUACUUAAAAUGAAUAAUUAUUGCAUUUUUUUCGUGUAAUGUUCUUAAUACCUGAAAAAAUAAGUAUAGUAUUUACGAAUAUCAUUAAGAAAGUGCGAUAGUUCUAGUUCUAGUAUGCCACAUCCAUAAAAGAUUAUACCAAAAAGUGUAGUUACGUUGUGUUUUUUAAUAAAUUUUAACCCACAAGCAAAAGCAAUACUACAAACGAUCAGAUGAUGGAGGAAAACACUACAGGAAUCAGUGAUGUUGCAUCAAACUGCAAUGGAAAUAACGAUGAAAAAAUUAACAGCGACGAUUCUUAUGCUAAUAUUGGAGAACGUUAUAAUAAGCUCAGAGGUUUUGCUGUCAAACUAAAAAAAAAAGUAUCAGACUUGACAGAGCAGGUCAAAAAUUUGGAAACAGAUAACCAAAAGCUCAGCAAUGAAAAAGAAGAAAUGCAAAAUAAAAUUUUGUUAAUGUCUGAUAGUGUAAAAAAAUUACAGACAAUUCAAUCACAAUAUGAUAGAUCUCAAGAUGACGUGGAGUUGAUAAAAAAUGAAAACAAACGAUUGACAAAGCGAUUGGAAACUCUAGUUUUAGAAAAUGAUUCAUUUCGAGAUACUAUUAUGAAAGAAAAAAGAGAUUUAUCAGAAGCAACAGCAAAAAUUAACAAUCUUUUAGAAGAAAAAAUAAAAUUGGAAUCCAAUUGUGAUCAGUUAGAGAAAAAAAUUAAAGAAUUAAAUUAUGAGCUUAAAGCAGAAGUGGUAUUACGCCAACAAAAAGCCAAAGAAUAUGAAGACUUAAAAACUGCUUUAGAUGCUGAACUGAAGGCUCAUAAAGCAACUUUAGCUAAAAUGGAUAAUAUGAAGUUUGAUCGCAAAAGUAACAAUGUUUUAUCUUUGGAAGUUGCAAAUUAUGAGAAAAGUAUAGAAACAAUCAAGAAUAAAUUAGAUGAGGAAACAAAUGAGAGAAUAAGUUUAGAAGGAACUAUCAAACAGCAUUUAGAAACUAUAGAAGUACUUACUGCAAGAAUUAUGGAACUUCAAGAUUCUUGCUUAAGUAAAGCUACUCGAAUAACCAUCUUAGAAGAAAAAAAUUCAACGUUUGAAAUGGAAACAAGAGAAGCAAAAUCUGAGGCAGCUAAAGCAGUAAAUGAGAAAGAUGCUGCAAACAGAGAAUUAACUCGAUUGAUGCUUGCAAAAAAAGACCUUGAAGCAAAAAUUGAUUCACUUACAUUAGAAAUGGGUCGAGUUGAAGAAGAAAAUAGUGCUCGCGUCAAAGCAUUGGAAAGUUUAAUUGAAGAAUUAAAACGUGAUAUAUCGCGAUUGAAUUUAGCAUUAGAAAACAGUAAAAUGGAAAUUACCACAUUACAAGCUGACUUUGACAGUUAUAAAUUACGUGCACAAAGUGUAUUACUACGAACAAAGACUGCACCAAGCAGUGAACUUGAAGAAGAAAUCGAACAGGGCAGGCAUCAGAUUCAGAUGCUCAAUGAAAAGUGUGAGUGUUACUCCGAAAGGAUAGAAUCUUUAAUGCGGGAAAUUAUUUUACUGAAGCACGAGAGAAGUCGAGCUGUGGCAUCUGAAGCGGAACUACAGGACAAAUUAUCUGUCUUUAGGCAAGAUUCGGUCAUGUUACUAGAAAAGAUGAAAAAUAAGGAAAUUGAAGUGCAAAGAAUACAAAUUAACCACGAGAAGAUUGUUGAUACUUUAAGGCGAAAUUAUGAGGAAGAAUUGAGUAAUCUCAAGAAAAAACACGAAGAAGAAAUUAAAAACGUGAAAAUAGAGGCGAACAUAGCGUCACAAAUGAGUUCGCAAAUGAAUUUAAACACUGAGGCGAUAAAGCCAUCAGUAGGAUCUAGCUCAGUGCCGCCUUUAAUUGAAAGAGAAGAAUGCGAGGGUUCCGAAAGCAUAGACUCUUUGCAUCUCACUUCAAAAAACGUCGAGCAGCGGGGCCCUAAUCCACUCAGGAAAUCUUCGAGGUCAGAGAGUCCGAUGAUAACGCAAAUCACCCCGUUGGACCAAUUACUCGAAUUUCCAUUCGACGAGCACAACGUGGUCCUGGCGUCACGUGUGCCCGAGGACAGUCCCGAAGUAAUAGCAUACAAAAAUCGCGUGAAACAUCUGACGGAAUUGCUCGCUGAUGCCGAACGCGAUAUCGAUAAACUCACUCAACAGAAUCAAUUGCUCAAGGAAGAUAUACGCUUACAGAAGCGUUACGUCGAGCGCGAGAAAGAGGCUGUGAAUUUUGAGUACUUGAAAAACGUCGUGUUCAAGUUUUGUACUCUGGAAAAUCGAGAUGAAAGGAGCAGACUUGUUCCUGUUUUAGAUACUAUUCUAAAGUUAAGCCCGGAGGAAACGCAUAAAUUGAACGAAAUCGUCUCAACUACGGGUGGUGUGAUUCAAAAACGCAUCUGGAUACCAGGCUGGAGUACAAGUUGAAAAGAAAAUGUAAAAAAUUAUCUUUAAAAGUAAAAUUUGAGAUUGCUGGAAAAUAUUUUUUUAUCUAAUAGUAAAUAGUAUUUUUCAAUACACCUCGUUAUAAAGAUACAAGUAAUCCAAAAAGUUAAGUUCUAUAUUGAAUAAGCGAUAAAAAGCUCGUGACUCGACAUUUAUCAUCUGUAUUGUAGAUAUAUUGAAUAUAUUGACUAAUAAUUCUGUACUUUAAUCUGCCUGUUUUGAUUGUAUAUUUAUCAACGUUACAAUGUAAUAAAAGAUAAACGAAUUAUAGUUUUUUGUCUAACAAACAA